AUGGAUGAAAAUUGUUCCAGUGACGAGGAGUUUUUUAGUAUUGAGGACAAGGAAGUGCAAUGUGAUGACGAUGAAGCGAUUGAUCCGUUUAUAAGGACAAUGGAGCUUAUCGAAGAGAAUGCCGAUGAGUUUGAUGUCGAGCUGUCUGAAGCGUUAGCCGAGGUAAAAGUCGUUAUAAUAUAUGUUUCUGAGCGUUAUAUGGGAUUUUUGGCCCCAUAUUUAACAUCUUUGACAUUCUUUCAUGUAGGUAGAAGGGACUAAAAGUUUCCAGUGCGAUAAAUGCACCAAAGUUUGCAAGUCAAAAGGUGGAUUGACUAGGCACCGCAGAAGUAAACAUCCGGACAGUGACGAAGCAACAUCAACCAAGGCGACAAGCAAGGUUUUCAUCCCAACAGUGGACUUAGCUCUUUUGGAAACGUUCUUCAAAGAAAUUGUUGACAAAUUGCGCGAGGAGAAAUUUUAUGCGGAAACGAUUUUAACCGCCACAUCAAGUGUAAAACCGAGUAUGGAAUUUCUUGCUUUCGUCAGAACAAUUUUCAGCGAUUUUUGUCGAAAACGCAACCAAGAUGCAUUAUUAGCCACUUUCUACAAGGAGAUAUACAGUAAAUGGAAGAUUUUCUUCCCUUCAUGCAAUGAUCAGAAGGCUAUCAAUUUGGUAUUAAUCCAUUUCCCUCAAAAGUUAGUUGGUCAUUUCAAGCAUGCUACUAGUAAUGCUACAGGAGAAGAGGUGAUUAUUUUGAAUAGUCUAGGUUUAAAACUUAAAAUAUUAUUGUAUAUAUACAGUAUAUAAACUAAGGGGCCGAUUACUUGGAACAUUUUAUCUAUCUAUCAAAAUGGAAUGCGCAAUUACAUGACAAACUUUUCAACCCAGGGCCGAGUUCAACCUUGGGGUUUAAAUUUCAACCCUGCUUUAGCUAGCAGGGUUGAAAUUUCAACCUAGCAGGGUUGAAAUUUUAACCCCGAGCUAGCAGGGUUGAAAUUUCAACCCCAAGGUUGAACUCAGCCUUGGGUUGAAAAUUUUGUCAUGUAACCGAACUCAGCCUUGGGUUGAAAAUUUUGUCAUGUAACCGUUUCAACCCAGGGCUGAAAUUAUCAUGAGUUAUUCAAGCAUGUGUGGUUGUGACUAUUACAAGAAAACAAAAUGAAGACUUUUUUACUUGUGAAUCAAUAGUUUAACCCUGGGGUUGAAAGUUCUCCAUGUAAUCGGCCCCUAACUACAUAUUAUACUGCAUUAGGGUGUGUUUGUCUGGAUUGCAAAUCCUAGACCCUACCUCUUGUGUUGCGCAUUGCAUUUAUAAAAUGGUUUUGCCCAGCUAUCUCCAGUUCCCAUAUGUACCUGAGCUCAUAUAAAGCUGUUAGUGGUUUGGAAAUUGUCUUACAGUAUAUACUGUCAUCUGCUUUGAAACUGUUUCCCUUGUUCAACUAAUGUUCAACUAUUUCCCUUUUUUAUUGUAGGUUGCUAGCGAGAUCAUCAUAAAUCCUGAAGAGCUGGGCCCACUCUCGUAUGUUGCAGGAUACGUUAUUCGAGCACUGUAUAAAAAGAGUAAGAAUUCUCCACACUGGAACUCAACACGCUCAAUAGAACUUCAGUCACUACUGCAGUCUGUAAAGGAAGAUGUGAAAGAUGACACAUACAUCGAAUCCAUAUCCAGAGGUGGUUUGUGGACCCCAAAUGAACAUAUAAAAUGCAUUGCUGAAAAUGCUGAAUAUGUAUUUCGUAAGCACCUAUCAAACAGCAAGAAGUCUGUGAUAACGGCCAUUCCAACAGACAAGAUCGUUGAUGAGGUCCUUGCUCUACCUGUUGUUAUUAGUGUAUGGGAAAAUAUAACAACAGACUUGGAUUGUGAUAUUUCAAAUGAAUGUAAGAAGUUAGUUUUAGAAAAUUUUGUGAAGUUAUUUGUUCGAGUUCGCAGCUUUUCAUAUGCCAAAGACAUUGUAAAUCGUUACAAGUUAAAGGAAAAAACUUUCAAGAAGAAGGCAUUGAGAACUGAGUUAAAAAAGAAAGCCGAGUGA